CUUCAAUAAGAGGUAGUUGUCAAAACAUCCACGUGGGGAUGUCAACAGGUGACAGUCGUUCUGUUUUACGCCUUCCUGUCCUCUCAAGAUAAGACUGUGAUGGGAAAGAAUAAAAGAAAGAGACACGAAGAAAGCAGUGAGCCUGGAGAAGAGGUGGCAUGCACUAAACUGGUUCAGGACAACAACACUAACAAUGCUGAGGUUGGACAUUCAGGCAAGAAAAAGAAAAAAGAUAAAUCAAAACAUAACAAUGCUAUUGAUAUAACCCAAGAAAGCUUGACCAUUAAAUCUGAUGAAGCUGUUGAUGACAGGCCGAAAAAGAAACACAAGAAGAAACAUAGACCAAAUCUUGAUGAAAGUGUUGAUUCAAAGUUUGAAUCAAAUGACACUUCCAGUAUUGACGUCAAGCAAACUCCAAACUAUGAUUCUGAGAUUAGUAAGAAGAAGAAAAAAAAGAAAAAGUCUAAAGAGAGGACAGACAAAUCAGAUGAAACAGACCAGAAUCUAAAUGGAUCGAUUGAACAUAGUACAGGCAAAAAGAGGAAAAAAUCAAAGCAUAAAAAUGUUUCAGAAAUUCCUGAGUCGGCACUUGAGAGCAAAGAAGAAUUAUUGGAAAUAAAUGUUGACAAAGAAGCAAAUAGCAAUAACUCCCACAUGCUACAAACUAAACAUAAAAAGAAGAAAAAGCACAAAAAAGAAGAUUCUUCUGUUGAUAAUGACUUUAAAAAGGAUGUUCACACAAAUGCAGAUGGUUUUCUACCUAAAAAUAAACAAACAGCUGUCCAAAAGGAUUCUAUUAGUGUUGGAACAGAUAGUUUGAAAGAAAAUCUCAAGAGUGACAAAGAACAGAGCAAUAACAAAAAAUGCACAGUUGGUCAGUGGGAAAGUGCUGAAUUUGAAGACACUGACAGACAGAACAAAUUUUAUCGCCUUCUUGGAGGUAUGAAGAAAACAAAUUCUUCAAAUCUAUUGCAGAAAAAAUUCCAGCUUGGAUGUUCUGGCAAGCCCUUUAAACCAGGAGGCACUGGAGCCAUGAAUAGAAACGAGCAGGACAAGUAUACAAAAACUCUGGAGUCUGACUUUGAAAAGGCACUGAGUAGUAACAGAAACAAGGGAAUUGGCCUUGGCUUUGAAAAGCCCCCAGAUGAGGGAAAGAAGUUCUUUAUUGAUACAAGAAAGUCAAAUUCAAUUAAAUUUGAUGAUUAAUAUAACUUUUUUUGUCACCUUUGGGUCAUUGCUGCAUGACAAUGACAGGAAAAUAGGGAUCACAUUGUCCUUCGUUGUUUGUGUUUUCAUUGCCAUAUUAAUAUUAACGUUACUGUUUUGUUUCAAACUAAUAACUUAUAGUUAUUACUUUUAACUUCAAUAUUGUAAUUUGUUACAUCACUAGUAUAGUGUAACAUUACGGGGUUCAUACUUGUAAACAAAAUAAAACAAGCAUUCAAUAAAUUGAGUAGAUCUAUCAUUUGCCAUAUAUUUAAAAUAUGCUAUAGUAAAAAAGUCACAUUCUUUGUGGAAAGGAUUGCCAGCUUGGGUUGAAGAUUUCACUUUACUUUCAAUUACCUAGCAUCUUCAUCAAUGGAUAGUAUUUCAUUAAAUAAUGGAGCAGCAUAACCAAUAAUACAAAAUGCCUAAAAUAUACGUUUAUCUAUUAUGUGUAUCAAAUUAGAAAUGCAAUUAAUAAAUCUGGGUACAAUGUAGAAAAUAUACUAUAAUAUUUAAUGGUGUACUUAUUUGAUGAUGAUUGCUGUCAGGCUGUCACCGUAAAUCCGAACACAUUUGUUAAACAAGAAUAAACAUAAAAUUGAAAGUUUCAGAAGAGUUGGAAGAAAAUCUUUGUUAAUAUAUCCUUUGAAUGAAUCAACAAUGGCACAACAAUUUCACAGUUUGAGCUUGGAACAAUAUAUAAGGCGUGAACUUUGAUAAUUAACUAUUACAAAUAACGAAAAACGUGUAAUUAUCACCUUGUGAAACUUUAAAGAAAGGCUCAUGAACUCCUGUGAAUGUUAUGUCAUAAAAGUAUUUGAAGAUGAAACCCUUUUAUUUAGAACCAAAGUUAUAUAAUUAAAGCUAUCAAUUAAUAUGAAAAUAAUGCAAUGCAUAUUUAUAAAGAAAACAAAAACAUUUAAAUGUCUAAAUGUUUGACAAAUUAACUUUAUUUUAUAAAACAACAUCAAUCAUAUAAUUAACAUACUAAUUAAUUAAUAUACAUAAACUGUAUAUUGUUAAAAUGAAAGGUCAAAAUUGAUUAUAAUUAUUAAAUAAAAUAGUUUACAUUAAAACAUCUGUUGAAACUAAACACAUCAUUCUAAGUUUCACUGUAAAGAUAGCAUUUAUUAUAGACUGAAGAAGCCUUAUCUGGUCAGCCCCUUGUCUCCAUUUAGUCUUUCCCUUGUCUUACCCUAGUGCACUACGAAGUGCACUACGAAGUGAACUGAUAGUGAACACGAUGUGCACUUACUGUCAAGUUUGGUCUUAACAGUACUGUAGACCUGUCCCAUUUUUGACUCUUAAGAAACCAGGCGACCAGUGUGACAUUAUGUCUGAUUAUGAAAAAAUGAUAAAGAGUAGGUAACUUAACAAAUAUUCUGGUUGUUGCACACUGUACUACCUCUUAUUGCCAUCUGUCUAUAUACAAAGUUUUAUUUCAAUCCAAUCAUUUGUUUUGAAGUUAUUCUCCAGAAAAGGGUGUGACAUUUGGACAGGCAAAGCUGCAAAUUUAUGCUCUCCCGUUAGGGAGCAUAGCAAGAACAUCUCUAUGGCUGUCAUUUGAUGUGCUGUUUUGGGAAUAUAAGUAUCUUCCAUGGCUGAGAGUGUAAGAUAGGU